AACAAAUGGCUAGACUUUAAUAAGUGCACGUCAAGCACGCGAGGAGGUGAAAUGAUGGCCGCGGCUGAUGUGAAAAAGAUUUUGCAGUUAAAACAUCAGCUGAAAGACUCCAGCCAAGCACACACGCUGCUGAAAAUCUUGAAGAAACUCGAACAAUUGGACAUAACACUUGAAAUUCUGGCUGAAACUGGAAUUGGGAAAGUCGUUAACACCUUUCGGAAGCAUGAUGAGGCUGGAAAAUUGGCCAAAAUGUUGGUUAAUCGCUGGAAAACACUUGUUCCAAAAGGCUCUUUAAGUGCAAGUGGUGAACAGCCUGAUGACUUUUCCCAAAAUGAACAGCAUAACCGAGAAGUGGAGGAAAAGAGCAACCGAGAAAACAGCCGUCUUUCAGAGACUACCAAUUCUAGAAAGAAGCCCAAAAAUGACAAUUCCAGCUCUGAAAGGAAAACGUCACUAAACACAGACAUUAAAAGUGAAAAAAACCCCAGUAAAUCCAAAAUCAGUUUGAAUGGUGAGAAAAAGGAUGAGCCCAAAAAAGAUUCCAGUUCGAAUCGAGGCUCGCGGUCUCACUGCUCAGGCCAUGGGAAGGAAAAGACGAUCAGCUCUGAGCCAAAGUACGAAAGUGAAAAGAAUGAGAGGGUUUCUAAGUCACUUGCUAAGGUGUCUUCUUUAAAAUCAACUGAAGCGCAGGGAGAAAAGAGUGGAGACACGAGCAAGAAAGAUAAAAUGAAGAAAACCAAAGAAAAAUUUGUAGCGAUGGAGACUGACGAGCAGAAUCGGGAUGGAUUUGAAACACCCUCAAUGUCUUUUGAAGCCUACCUGAGCUACGAUUCUGAGGUCCCCAAACGCAAAAAAAGCUUUAGUUCGGCUAAGAAUCCAAAGAAACAGAAAACUGCCCACAAAGGGAGCUCACAAGUGCAGGAAUCUCAUGUGAAGACGAGCAAAGCGGUGACCAAAGACACACUAGCAAUGGCUCCUGAGCACUCAGUGAUGGACUUGCUUAACAUUCCUCUGCCAACAAGUUUUCCUGAAUGUGAAGAUUUUUCCCAGUAUCAUUACUUCACUGAAAAGAAAGCUGAUCAGAAGGUUGUGGACAUUUGUGAAGAGGUUCCGGUCUUCACUGGUCAAAGGCUGAAGAAUAAGAUGCAGGUGUACUCUGGUAGUAAAAUCUCAUACCUGCCCACCAUGAUAUCUCUGUACCAGCAAUGCAUUCGGGUGCUGCAGAACAACAUCGACUCUCUCUUUGAAAUCGGAGGUGUGCCGUUUGACAUUUUGGAGCCGGUUCUAGAGCGCUGCACUCCUGAGCAGCUUCUCCGCAUUGAGGAGUAUAAUCCGGUGUAUGUUGGUGUGACCGACCACCUGUGGGAGAGGCACUGUCAGAGGGACUUCAGGAACGCUCGGCUACAGGAGUAUGAAUCCUGGAGAGAGAUGCACCUGCGCAUGUCUGAGGAGAGAAAGAGGAAACUCCAACAACUCACAAAGAGCAUCGUCUCUGCUCACUCUGGCAAACCAAAGGGACGGCAGGUGAAAAUGGCAUUCAUUCACUCCGCUGCUAAGCCACCUAGAAAUGUGAGAAUCCAACAGGAGAUUUACGGCACGGCUGGUCCCGUCACCCUGCCUCACCCCACAGACAAGCCCAGUAGUGUGAAAGCUCAUGAGAGUCGGGCCAAAUCCAGCUACAUUGAACCUCCAAAACCCUCCAACAACAAUUCUGGCCAAACCCAAGAUCCACGAAAGAUUAAAAGAGUAGCUCCCAUGAUGGCAAAGUCCCUGAAGGCCUUUAAGAAGCAGCUCAAUCGCAGAUAAAUAUAGGAGAUGCACCAGCCCUGCUCCAGCCACAUGGUCUAAAUGGUUUAGACUGGUUUAUUUAUUUUUCCCCCCCACCCUAAGAUGCUUACAGGAUUGAUGAAGUUUGAUUAACUUAUAUUACUUAAUUAUAUAAACAAUAUUGCACAUUGAUUUCCGAUUGUCUCUGUAUGUGUUGCAAUCAUGGCGGUUUGAAGUCUGAAAUUAAAACCAUAAUUACAUCUAUCUGUCGCGAUGUUAUAAUGCUUGUCUGCUUGAGCAUAUACACAUUCUGUAUGUAUGUGAGUGGACCCUAAUGUACAUGCUUUGUCUCCAUCUAGUGUGUGUGUGUGUGUGUGUG